ACACCUCUCCUGUCUCCCGCAGGAUGCCUCCCAGGCCAUCACGAGCGGCGGCUGCUGAACGAUCUACUCAAGGACUACAACAAGUUGGAACGACCCACCCAGAACGAGUCUUCUGCCAUUGUGGUGAAGCUCGGCCUCACGUUGCAACAGAUAAUCAACGUGGACGAGAAGAACCAAAUCCUUACAACAAACGUGUGGUUGAAUUUCGAAUGGACGGACCAUAAUCUGAUGUGGAACGAGUCUGAGUACGGAGGCGUCACCGAUCUGCGGAUAAACCCCAAGUACCUGUGGACUCCUGACGUCCUCAUGUACAACAGUGCUGACGAGGGUUUCUCCAGCACGUAUCCGACCAACGUGGUGGUGGCGAGCUCCGGCCUCUGCACCCAUCCCCCCGGCAUCUUCUUCUCCACCUGCAGGAUCGAUAUCACCUGGUAUCCCUUUGACGACCAGAAGUGCAAAAUGAAAUUCGGCUCCUGGACCUACGAUUCAGCCAAGAUCGACCUGCAGCUGAACAACGAGCAGGGCGGAGACAUCAGCGGCUACAUCACCAACGGGGAGUGGGACCUCAUAGCGGUGCCCGGGAAGCGCAACACGCUCACCUACACCUGCUGCCCUGAAGUGUAUGUGGACGUCACCUUCCAAAUCCACAUCAGGCGAAGGACGCUGUACUACUUCAGCAAUCUCAUCAUGCCCUGUGUGCUCAUCUCGUCUAUGGCGUUACUGGGUUUCACGCUGCCUCCCGACUCCGGGGAGAAGCUCACAUUAGGCGUCACCAUUCUGCUCUCGCUAACUGUUUUCCUAAACAUAGUGACUGAAAAUAUUCCGGAGACAUCCGAUGCCGUGCCACUUAUAUCAACGUACUUCAACUGCAUCAUGUUCAUGGUAGCGUCUUCUGUGGUGCUCACCGUCGUGGUGCUCAACUACCACCACCGCACGCCCAACACCCAUGCCAUGCCGAACUGGGUAAGUGGAGGUCUAGGACAAGACACACAAGAAUCCUCCUCAAAGGAAGCUCUCAAGAUGCCCCGAUGGAUCCGCUGUGUGCUGCUGCAGUGGUUGCCGUGGAUCCUGCGCAUGGAGCGUCCGGGAAAGAAGAUCACGCGCAAGACCAUCAUGAUGACCAAUAAGAUGAGGGAGCUGGAGCUGAAGGAACGCUCGUCCAAGUCGUUACUGGCAAACGUGCUGGACAUUGACGAUGAUAUUCGUCAGAUCCAGGCGAUGGGCAGCGGUACGCCUUCACAUAAUGGAGGCUACCCCCGCCUCGUAGGCAGGUCCUACGAGGAAGGAGGGCCCAUUGUCACACCUCACACUUCCUUCUGCUUCAAUAAGACACGGGAGCUGCAGAACAUUCUGCGAGAGCUUAGGUACAUCACCAACAAGAUGAGGUGUGACGAGGAGGUCCACGAGAUAGAAGUGGACUGGAAAUUCGCGGCCAUGGUGGUGGACCGAUUCUGCCUCAUCACCUUCACCACCUACACCAUCGUCUCCACCAUCGUUGUCAUGCUUUCGGCGCCACAUAUCAUUUCAUAAGCAUAUAAAAGAAAUUUGUAUUACAUAAUGUUCUAGGCAAAGUGAUUUUUCUAAUUAGGAAUAAAAUUAUUUUGGUACAAGAGCGUUAGAUAAAUCAGAUCUAAUCUUGCCUUCUUUGUGCGUUAAAGGGUUAAGUUUUUCCUGAAAGGUAGACUGAAGACCGCGAUGCCACACAGAGCUGGAGCAAGACCGCCGCCCGUCACGCUGGACGCAGACACCUUCACUGUUCGAAACGCGCUCUUUGGCACCACAUCAGUGGGGAAAUUUAGUGUAACAUUAUGAUCCUGAUCAUAUCAUAAACAAACAAAACUAAAAGGAAACGGGUCAAUUGCCUAGAGAACUCAUAUUGGAAUAAUAUACUCAUAUUUCGCCAAAAAAAUAAAGUAAAAUAAACAAAUAUAUAAAUAAAUAAUAAAAAUAAAUAAAUAAUUAAUUAAAUUAAAUAAAUAAAAAUCACAUUGUGUUAAGGCUGAAAAUGAAAACAGUAACAUGCAGUCAUGUGGCAGUAAAGCGACUAAAUGAAGACUUGAAAGGAUAAAACAUUUGGGCGGGCGUCGCUGCGUUGGCCAUUCUAGAGGGCGGUGGCCACAGGCAGUGAAAGGCUCGGCAGAUCUCUUGUCCAGAGCGAGAACGAUGCCUUGGUUAAACUUUUGCUGUCAUGAGGAAGAAAUAUAUAUGAAGGGGCAUCUUUUUACGAUAUUCAGGUUCACAUCAUUUUCAAAAAGGAUUACGAGUCAAAAAAAAAAAGAGGAUUAAUUUCUCGUGUUUUUAUUUCAUUUUAUUGAUUUAUUUUGUAUUUCUAACGUUAAGAAUUGUUAAAUCAGGAUUGCUUGUUUAAUACUUUUCAGAAUGUCAUCUAUAUCAAUACGGUACCUUGCUGUCAAGACUCAGGAUAUACCGUUUUUUGUGGGUAAAAAAAAAAAAAAAAAGUCAUAUCCACAUGGGAGAAUCAGUUUCUGACAUCCACCAUUUACUAAUACAAUAUAUAAAGCCUACAACAACGGAACGGAAGAGAUGAGAAUAAAGUAAUCUUGAGUGCUGGCUCCUUCACCCCAUCGGGCGUCCCGAUGCAGGCGGGGGCAGGCGAGGCGCCGCGCGAGGACGCAGGGUCGGGCGGCACAAUUUAAGUCUCCUCUUGCUCAUCUAAAGGAAGUAUCACUACUGGUGACUGAUACUACAGUAAUUGUUUUUGGUAGACCACAAUGUUCAUUAUUCUGUACAAAGGUCUAGUGUACAUAGCUUAGUCUCGUUGAGUCCCCUAGAGCCCGCCCACCCCCAGACCAAUGGUUUGCAGUAGCCUUUCCGUUUCUUAAGAAUUGUUACCAAGUACACCACGACCUACUCAUAACUUAGUCGUCUCAAACAUAAUUAAUGGUUUCGUGAUCAGGACGCAGUGUUUCCGUUUUAAUUUUUCCUUUGUGAUCCUGAAUAUAACGUCAUUAUCUGUCACGGAAAAUAGAUUAUAGGUCUUUAAUUUAAUAAUCAAUAACUGAUAAGUAAUCUCCUCUAAGUUAGAGAAAUAGGCUAAUAUAUAACCCCGUGUUUAUGCGUGUGAUUUGACAAUCACGAGUUCAGAUAAUUCAUAAUCAUCAUAAUUAGUCAGAACGGCACGACGGAGAUAAACAUGUCAACUUGGUCUCUCUCUCUUUCUCCCUCCCUCCCUCCCUCCCUCCCUCCCUAUCUCCCUCUCUCCCUCCCUCCCUCCUCCCCCCCUUCCACACACACACACUCUCUCUCUCUCUCUCUCUCUCUCUCUCUCUCUCUCUCUCUCUCUCUCUCUCUCUCUCUCUCUCUCUCUCUCUCUGUCUCUCUCUCUUGUAAUAUUAAUUGUGAAACACAAUAUAUUUAAGAAGCUGGCCAAAAAAUCAAUAAUUAAAUAUUAGUAAAAGUCCUUUUCAUGGCAUUCUGAUCAAUAUAAAAGAUAAAUCUGAGAAUCCACGACGUUCCUUAACACUUAUCUACAAGUAAUAUAAUAAAAUAACGCAAAGAAUCAUGAAUAUAAAAGACAGUCGUUGCUCCGCGUUACCGCAAAUCGCAGCCAGCUGAACACACGACUACCAACUGUUUCUAGCGGAGGGAGAGAGUAAGAACACUGACGCCCAUGACACUAUGACCGAGUACAUCGCCCACAGAACAACCGCCGCCCCUUGUUACCCUUGUUACCCCUGAGUCUCGGUAUGUUUAGUCGCAGACGGAAAUAUGCCGUGUCUGAAGGUGCUGCAUUUCUUCUUACAGGAAAACCAUCCUAAUUUGAUCUUGAGGAACCUCUAUUAAUUGCCUUGUCAGCUCCCUUUCGAGUAGAUUUUGUGAAGUAUACGAGUUGAGGAAAUAUAUUGUGUUAAUUGUGAAAUACGAGGCUAGUAUUUGUGUGAUGGUAAAGAUUGGUAACGCUGUUUAUUAUGCCUGGUAAGAGCCAGUCAUUGGAAGCUGAUAGGAGUAGGAUCCAUUCUAACAACCCGCCAAACACCCUAGAGUUGUAAUCUUGAGCGAGGGAUAUGCUACGAGACUCGCUGUUUUGCUACACAUCUCACACGUUCCACACACACGUUGAAGAGCGAUCGUUCAGGUUUCAAAGCGAGUUACUUUCUACGUAUUUCACUGAUGUCAUUGCUCAUUUCAUCCUUAGCGAUACUGAGAGUGAGGUUCGUCUGUAUAAUUCUAGAAGUAAAAAGACAAAUGUAGAUUUUCAGUUCUUCCUGUCGGGAGCCAUUUUAAUAUCUUCCAUUCUAUGUUUUGAUAGGCUAAGCGCGCUGAGAGUCUGUGUGAUGCUUUGAAACCCCCCAGUGCACAAAUUAGUCGAUAGAGAGGUGAAUGUGUUACUUAAAUUUUACUAUACACGUUUAUUAACUGCUCCGUGCUUCCAACAAAGAUGAGGAGAGAGCCCUGUAUGACAGCUAUGUACAGAAGAGACGAUAACACGAGCUUCGCCGCUCAGUUAGCCAAUAAUAACGUUGCAUGUAGACUCCUGCUGAGUUCUAACAUUAAGGUAAAACUAAUGACACCCUUUCUCGCUCUCUUUGACGAUCCUUUAUUGUUCAUUGAUGAUUUGUUUAUUUGUGGCGCCUUUACCCAAUCUUCCUCCAAUCGAGCUUAUUUCCUAUCUCUAUCUUUCUUGAGCUUUUAUAGAUCAGUUUAAUAAUAUUGACACUAUUAUUUCAUUGUCCAUCUCAUUUUUUUUUUUUUCCUUUUCAUCACAGGCACAUAUUUUGAGUCCAAAAUGCAAAUUCAGAGCUUUCUUCAUUCGCACUUGUCAAAAAUUCCUUAUCUCAGUUGUUUUAUCUGUUAUAACGAGACCUUGCCAGGAAGAAGUUUCCUGCCCCGUAAGUCAACACCUGCUCGUCUCUGAGUCACCUCUGAGCUUGGAGGCUGGACAGCCUGUGCUGAGGGGCAGGGAGACGGAAGCCUGAACAUUCUCGUUUUCCUUAAUUGCCUCGUCCGGCUUUUCUUCCUUCAGAACGAAGAUUAUCAUAAAUAUAUAUUUUCCGCUGCGAUAAAGGACAGUUCUAGGUAGUAGCAAUGUAGAUGGAGUUAGAAAGAUAUCUCAGGAAGAAUGUGUGGUGACACUACAUACUUCAUCAGAAUUCCUAUUUUAUGAAUAUAUAUAUAAAAAAAAAAUCUGCUUCGUCAAAGACAUUAUGGACGUAAGUUUUGUUUGAUUUCAAUAGAUCUCUACUUAAAUCACAUCUCAAAUUCCUGUAACUAUAACUAACUCACAGGGUUACUAACUAAGUACAGUAUAACAAUUAACAGAACAUUUUGGAAGAAAAGUCUUGAGAUAUUUAUAAAGAAGACUGAACUGCCUACUGUUUUUAGGGCGCAAUAUUAUAACGGGAAAGUGUUUCAUUUCAUCCUGGCCAGUGGACAAUCACAGGAAGAUGCCCCGCACCGCCACCUGGCGAGCGGGGGAGGGGAAAGCCGAGGCCCCCCGACCCGUCCCUUACCCUCACCUCUUAGCUGUUGCUCCUCUGUACUGCUGUUCCUGUCAGCCUCAAUCUCGCAGCCUCCACCAAAGGUGGAGACCAACGCUCAAUGUAUUUUGUGAACGCCUGAAUGUCGAUAUAUGUGUGGCGAUGACAAUGUGCGUAUGUGUUUAUGUCCACCCUCUACUAUAUAAUACGUAUUAUUAUUCAUUAUUCUAAACAUAACCCGUGGGCUGGGAGGGAGCCAGGCCGGCAGGAGAGAGCGUCGCGCCUCACAGCCACAAUAGCUCAUAUUUCCGGAAGGCCACAUAAUUGUUUUGAUUUAUUGCAUCGAAUGGUUUAUCUUCCAAUUUGUUUCAUCGCAUUAACGUUGGCUUUUGCAUAUUUUGCCAGCAUCAACAGACGUGCUGGUCAGAAAGCCUCAGCGUUAUGAAGAUCUUGUGUAUUCCUCACGGUAGAUUUAAAUAUAAAUGUGAAUUUAGUUUCCUUAAAUUUUAAGUAAAGAUUUAGAAUAAGAAAGAUGAAUGUAAACUGCAAGUAGAAUAAUUUGCAUAAACAUGAUGGUAAAGAGAGAAGCUUGACAAGGUGCUUGGCGAGGAGUGGUGGCGGCGCCGCCACUCCCAGGCUCCUUCCGGCGUUGCGUGACUUCGCUGUGUACAUAAAACUUGCUUAUUUCAACAGAUCCAAAGCUUUUAUGUACCGCCAUUUUGUUUUGGCAUCUUGUGUAACUUGGCAUAUUUUUAAAAUGCAUCUUAGGUAACUACCCAUAAUUAUAUGAAGUAAGCAUAAUUACGCUUUCCCUGAGAUAUGUAUAUGAAUUCCCAUGACUAUGUUGUACACGUAUAAUGUAAGUGACUUGAGUCACCAAUAUUGUUCACAUAUUUACUACCCUUGAGCCCAAGCCACACCGGUUACAACCUGACGGAGCGCGUGGAGCAUCCGUUGUUUCAUGUUCUGCUGCAUUCUAAAGCGGAAAACCCUGCUCUUCAAACCAGCAAUUUUGUCCAUAAUUCUACGAGAGUCAGUCUCUUCAGCCAUCAAAAUCCACCAAAUGUGUCCGUCUGAGGGAGCAACAGGAGUGCGUGGGAAGGGUGGGGACGGUGCUCGGGUAGUCCCAGCGGUACGAGCGAGGCAAACGAGUGUUUGUAUGUACUACAAUGACUUUUGAAAGAGCUUCUUGAAGAUAGAGCGGUGUAGAACGGAAACCUGUAACUUUUAAGAAUUUUGUAACAUAUUCCUUGUCAAGUAUCUUUAACGAAUAAAAUGUUGUUGUUUC